AUGGCCACGCCACGCGCGCACGCGCACUCGCGGUCGUCGUACAGCGUGCUCCUCCUGCAGAAGCUGCUCAGCCUGCGCGAUGGCGUGAGUCCGCUGACGCUGGUGCUCGACACCGUGCGCGAGUCCGGCGUGCCGCUCGUCGAGGAGAUGAUGCUGCGGGCCAAGACGGGCGCGGCGGCCAAGACGGACAAGACGGCCAUUGUCUACGUCGCCAGCCACCUGGCGCCGCGCCGCCGGUCCCCGCACGUCGACGUGUUUGUCGAGCGCCGCGGGCAGCCGCUUGACGUCUUUCGCGAGGCGAUUCUGGCCGCGGUGUCCGCGGUGUCGGCCGCCGGGCCCAAAAAGGUGCUCGUUGUCGUCGACUCGCUGUGCCACAUCGCCCGCCAGGACCCGCUGCGUGCCGCCGCCUUUGUGUCGAGCCUGGUGUCGCCGGCGGCGUCUGUCGUCGGGCUGUACCACACCGACGGCGUCGGCGCGUCGUCGACGAUGAGCGGCCCAUCGCCGCUGCACCGCGGCAAGCCACACCCCUUCCGCAUCCUGUGCCACCUGGCGACGGCCGUGCUGCGCGUCCGGCCGCUGCACGAAGAGGUUGCGCGCAAACGCGCCCGCGACCGCGCCGAGGAAGUGCCGCGCUUUGGCUGGGCCGAGGGCGAGGGCUGGCCGUACGGAUACAGCGAUGCGGCGCUGCGGUACGGCACGCGCCGCGACUUGGUUGGCGGUACGCCCGAGGCGCUGGAUCGGCGCGGGCUGCUGGUCACGAUGGAGCUGCGGCGGCGCAGCGGGCGCGCCGUUGUUGAGCAGUACGUGGUUGUCCUGGGCACGGAGAAGACGGCGGCCGCCCCGGCAACACGGCCGGCAUCUGCGACGGCCCCGAGGUCCACACCUGCCCCUGCCCCUGCCCAGAUUGCCUUUCCCUGGCAGCCUGGUGCCGUACCGUGCGCCAACAUCACCGUCAUGGCAGACCAUCCGUUGUUUGCGGCCGCACGCGACCCAAGGGAGGACGACAGGCAGGACGAUGUUCGUGGCGACGAGGACGCGCCGACAUCCACGUUCAACCUGGGCCUGACCGACAAGCAGCGCCGUGACCGUGAGGGGAUUGUCCUGCCCUACUUUGAUGCCCAGACCGACAUUGGCGCUGGUGAGGGCGGCCGCAUCCUGUACGACAUGGGCCGCGAGGACGACUUUGACGACGAAGAGGAUGAGAUAUGA